UGACUCUAGAUACCGCGCCCGCAUUGUGACAGGUGCGACAAGCAGAAGCAACAAUGGCCGCAUGGUGCUGCGAGCCUAGGUGAUCGGUUUUGUGGGUGAAAGUUCGUGAAAUCUAGUGGGGAGCGGGCGCUGCCUUGGCGCAGCUGCGGUAUGAAGAUGGUCAAGGUGGAGAUGCCAGGGCCUAACACAAUGGACAGCAGCCACAGUGCAAACCAAUUGUGUGGACACACCCGCCUGGACGAACUAUCCAUCAGUAUGCCUGCAGUGAGCACAACAAACAACUGCACGUCGAGCAACAAUGCCAGUCUCAACGCCUCCGCGGAGCCCGAUGCUGAGGAGAAAGUUGUGUCCACGACAAAGAAAUCUGGAGCGGGUGUACGAAGACAGGAGAAGCCUCCUUAUUCGUAUAUCGCCCUCAUAUUCAUGGCGAUAGAGAGCUCCCCUGCCAAGCGAAUGACCCUCAACGAGAUAUACAACUUUCUUCAAGAAAGGUUUCCCUUUUUCAGAGGACCUUAUCAAGGCUGGAAGAACUCGGUGAGACACAACCUUUCUCUAAAUGAGUGUUUCAUCAAGCUACCCAAAGGACUCGGACGCCCAGGAAAAGGACACUACUGGACAAUUGAUCCCAGCAGCCAACUAAUGUUCGAGGAGGGAUCCUUUCGACGGAGGCCCCGAGGAUUUCGGAGGAAAUGUCAGACAAUGAAAGCUUACACAACGUUCUACCCAACGCCUUCUAGCGCAAGCCUCCUUCCCCCAACACCGUACGACUUACUGAGCCAGCAGCAACACCAAGCUGGUGUCCUACAAGGCCAUGCUCAAGUUGCAACGAGCCACCAUCAAGCCUACAUGACGACCGACCCACAGUCAAUGAUGCCAUCUUCUACAGCGGCACUGGCUCCCACGUCUCACUGCAGUUUUGCGUCUACAGGACAGAACUCGCUGGGGCCAAUGGGUCACCACUACUUGGCCAAUUGCUCACUGCCUCAGCCCAUGACACCCAUGUCCAGCGCUGGUUCUGGUGACCUGCCCUUGAACUCGUCCAUGUACUCAGCCGCGGCGCCGAGCAUCUCCAUGGACACUAUGUCAGCUGCCUGGAGUAGCUGCCCGCCGCAUCCGACCGUUACUCAUAGUUCGCAAUACAUCAAGCAACCCCCGCCUAGCCCCGUUCCAAGCCCCGUGUCACAGAUACAAAGUCUGCCACAGGACCUGGGUCCUAUGCCUUACUCCUCGGGAUCUCCAAGCAUCCAUGGGCAAUCGCUGUUAGGAAACGCUGCAGAGAGCAUGGACAUCGCUUUAGCGGGAAUGCGAUUCUCACACAGCAGUGGCAGUCCAUGCGAACGCAAGGUCUUCUCCACGGCUCCUUUCCCGACUGCGCCUCUCUCGGGCUUGGGCAGCCUGAGUCCCGGUGCACCUACAACCGCGUUGUCCCAGCCACUCUACUACGAGUCCAAGUACACCCUCUGAGACGGCCACAGCGGCAUCCGCCACCUAGGACCCACGGCCUGAAAUUGUGGUGUGUAGUACGCGCGAGACCCCAUCCGCACUUCGGACGCUUGUAUCGGACGCUUCUUCUUCUCGUGCUAUAUACGCCGUAAACGCGCGUAUUUUCAGCUCUGAAAUCACAAUUUUGUCAUUAAGCAACCAUUCUCAAUGGGCAAGCUUGUCUGGAAUCAAAGGUGCGUGCAGCACGAACAUGCCUCACGGACGAACAAAUGCAUGGCAAACACCGCUUUGACCUCCAAUUUAUUUCGAAGUGCGCACUCUAUAUAUGAGCAGCCGACAUUAAGAACAAAACAGGAAAAAGCAAAAGAGAGAUAAGAGAUACACUGCCUAACAGACAAAAGCUUAGCUGUCUAGCAGUC